ACACCACUCUCAAGCUGAUUUCAUAAACAGACUGAGACAUCACAACAGAAAUGAAGAGACUUGUGGUCUUUUUCUUAUCGUUUCUCCUCACCAAGGCUGAAAGACAAGAUCUUUCAGGUAAAAUAUUCACAUUUCCUGAAGCGUCCAAUACUGAUUAUGUGGCUCUCAGUCCUGAGGAGGAGAAGACCUUCACCGCUGUGACUGUGUGUCUGCGUGCCUUCUCGGACAUUUCCAGAGCUCAGAGCCUUUUCUCACUUUCUCUGCCAUCAAUAGCUAAUGGCUUUCUAAUUUUCAAGUCAAAACAAGGAGCGUAUCAAUUAAACAUAUUAGGAAAAGUUGUUGACUUUCAUGGUUUGCAGGAUGAAUUCAAUGUCUGGAAUUCAGUGUGUGUUACCUGGGACAGUGAAACAGGACUCGCACAGAUGUGGGUCAAUAGAAACCCGAGUUCACGAAAAGGACUGAAGGCAGGAAGUGCUUUGACUGGACCUCCAAAAAUCAUUUUGGGUCAAGAGCAAGAUAAUUACGGUGGAGGGUUUGACAUUGAACAGUCAUUUGUAGGGAUGCUGACUGAUGUGCACAUGUGGGACUUUGUUCUGUCUCCUGAUCAGAUUGCGUAUUAUUCAUAUGGUAGCCAGAUUCAGCCAGGCAAUGUUCUUAACUGGAAUUCCCUAGAAUUCAAUAAAAAUGGCUAUGUGAUCAUAGAAAGUAAGGACACUUCACAUAAAGCUGGUAGUUUUUAG